UUUUUGAAUUUGAACAAAAGUCACGUACUUCUUGUACAAAAAUAGAAAUUGCACUUCAAAAAAUCUAUUUUCAACGGUCGAAUUUACAUCUCUUUCUCCUUCACUCUGCUCUCUCGGCCGAUCAUCUUCAAGCUCUCAGAUUUCUCAUUAUUCCACGAGGUGCAUACUUUGUGGUGGUUUUAAUGGCUAUGGUUCAAAGUGAUCCGAUUAUACAAGCGGAAACAACCUGUGGAUCUUUAUUAUAUGAACUACAGAUUAUAUGGGAUGAGGUUGGCGAAUCUGAAACAACUCGGGAUAAGAUGUUACUUGAGCUGGAGCAAGAGUGCCUGGAAGUAUACAGGAGAAAAGUUGAUCUGGCAAAUCGCUGCAGAGCUCAGCUACUGCAGGCUAUUGCUGAUUCAGAGGCGGAACUGGCAGCCAUAUGUUCCGCAAUGGGUGAGAGACCAGUGCAUAUUCGUCAGACUGAACAAAAAGCUGGAAGCCUAAAGGAAGAGCUCAACGCAAUUCUUCCACAGCUAGAAGAGAUGCGGAAAGGAAAAAUUGAAAGGAAAAACCAGUUUCUUGAUGUCAUUGGACAAAUUCAGAAGUUAUACACUGAAAUACAUGGAUUUGCAGAAUAUGAUAGAGCAACGACUGCUGUGGAUGAAAAUGACCUAUCUCUGAGAAGGCUUGAAGAAUUGCAAAACCAGCUACAGUCCCUACAAAAGGAGAAGAGUGAUCGUCUGAACCUGGUCAUCAUACACUUGAAUGAUCUGAGCUCAUUGUGUUCUGUCCUUGGGUUGGACUUUAAAGAAACUGUUAGAGAACUUCAUCCAAGUUUAGCGGAGUCUGAAGAAUCACAUAGCAUAAGUACUGAUACACUUAAGCAGCUGGAGUCUGCUGUAUUUAGAUUGCGAGAGCUUAAGCUUCAGAGAAUGCAGAAGCUCCAAGAUCUUGCAACAAUGUUGUUGGAACUUUGGAAUCUGAUGGAUACACCAUUUGAGGAGCAACAAGCCUUCCAAAAUGUCACAUGUAAUAUUGCUGCAUCCGAAGACGAGAUAACUGAUCCCAACGUCCUUUCAGAAGACUGCCUAAACUAUGUUGAGGCAGAAGUUUCCAGGUUGGAACAGCUGAAAUCAAGCAAGAUGAAAGAACUUGUCCUGAAGAAGAGAACAGAAUUAGAAGAAAUUUGCAGAAAGACACACUUGGUUCCAGAAGCAGAUUGCGACACUGAACAUUUCCUGGCAGCAAUAGAAUCUGGAGCUUUGGAUCCUGCGUCUGUCCUUGAGCAAAUCGAAUUGGAAGUUUCCAAGGUCAAGGAAGAAGCAUUUAGCCGCAAAGAAGUAUUGGAAAAGGUUGAGAAGUGGUUAUCAGCCCGUGAGGAGGAAGAGUGGCUUGAACAAUAUAAUCAGGAUGACAACCGAUACAAUGCCGGCAGAGGUGCUCAUCUCACCCUAAAGCGUGCUGAAAAGGCCCGAUCACUAGUUAACAAGCUUCCAGGGAUGGUAGAGGCACUGGCUGCAAAAGCUCUAAGCUGGGAGGAUGAAAGAGGUCUUGUGUUUAUGUAUGAUGGUGUUCGCCUUCUUUCUAUGCUUGAGGAAUAUAUGAUAUUACGGCAAGAGAAGGAGCUAGAAAAGAAAAGGCAGAGGGAACAGAAGAAACUCCAAGGGCAAAUAAUUACGGAGCAAGAGACACUUUUUGGGUCAAAACCAAGCCCGUUAAAGAGUGCCAAAAAACCUUCUAGAAGAAUGUCUAUGGGAGGUCCAGGAGCAGGAAACAGUCGAAGGCUUUCUGUUGGAGGUAAUAUGCUUCAAACUCCGAGGCCUGAUUCAUCUCACUCUACUCGAGCAACACCAAAUUCACGUACUGUCAGAAAGGAUGACAACACAGGAGUACAAUCCACUGCAAGGAGAGCAUUGGACAUUGCAAAUCUCCCGACUAAAAACUUCACAUUUAGUGGUCGCGAAUCUGAACCUUCUACUGUGGCACGAAGACCAUUUUCACCCAUUUCUUCUGUGGCAUCAUCAAGAGCAAAUGGAGAUUUCUUUGAUGAUCAGAACAUAAUGCAGAACAACAGCAUGCAGAAUUCUCUUGCCAAAAAUGAGACACCCCAGAAAAUCGUUAGCUUAAGUAAUAACACUUCAUUAGUAACUCCCUCGAAGAAGAUCCCAACCUGGGAUGAAGAAAACUAUACUCCACACAAAAUGUUGAUCCCUCCACCUACAACGCCAUUAACGGUUUCAGCUCCAAUGCAAACAGCAAUGACACCAGCUCCCCUGAAACCUCUCUUUGUUGAUAAUUUGGUGGAAGAAAAGGGUGAAGAGAUCGAAUACUCAUUCGAGGAAAGAAGAGCUGGUUUUGUGGUGCCUAACACCCAUCUAAGAAAAGCUAUACAGGUAUGAAACUGUAGGAAACCUCAAGUGAAUUUGUUUUCUUUUUCCUUCUCUUUUAUGUGUUGGAAGUAGACUUCAGAUGAUGGUGAAAGUCAAAUAAUAUUUGGCUGCUUCGUCUUUCGGUCCCACUUGUAUAAUAUUCUGCUGGUUGUUUCUUGCCUGAAUCUGUGAGUUGUAAGAUACUCUAAAUUGUUCUUGUCAACUGGACUUCUUAGUCCCUGUUGAUGAAAUUAGAAAAAAACUAUUCUUUCUCUGUUGA